AUGACGUCUUGCGAUCGACAGCCGUUGGGGGCGUGGACCGAUUUCUUUUUUGGGCUGCGAUAUCUCUUCAAGGGCGAUGGAGAUGAUUAUGGUCGUUCUGCCGAUAUUCAAGAUCUCGUUGCAUGGGACAAGGUCAAUCGCUACUCUGUGAUGGACAAGGGAAAGUUGAGAGAAGUCGGACUAUUAGAGUUUCAACCGAGUUCACCGAACUCGAGCCAGGCCGAGACUUAUGAAGAAUUAUACCAGACAUUCAGCUUACUGUAUGGAACAAUGCAAGCGAGGUUGGAGGUUUUAACCGCGAUAUCUCGAUCUCAGCAGUGA